UCCUCAUUCAGUUGUAAAUUCAACCGCCGCGUCAAUAAAACAGCAAUAAUAUAGCUGACACCAUUUCUUCUUCAUUUAACUUUUGCUGUCGUAUAUUCUGAUCUACAAAUCGCCUCAGCACGAAUAAUUCUAUACAGCACAUUUUUUGAAUGGGAAUGGCCGCAAUUGUGACGAGGUGCAUCGUCACCAUUUUUUUGGUUUAUUCCGUUUGCUGCUGUAAUUGCCAAUCAGACGGCAACCCCAGCGUUUGUUCUUCUUGGACCAAACUGCAAAUCUCACCGGAUCCGUUCACUUCGAUGGAGUACGGCAACUUUUUCAUCGACAUUUACGAACACACAAACAACAAGAAAUCGGCGACUGCUGCCAGCGAGAAAAAAUAUUUCUAUUCACCCAUUGGGCUGUUGGACAACCAAAGUGCAGUGAGUACUUACAACAGGAUUACGAAACAGCCAGAGAUGAGAUUCCGCAUUGAAAUGUGGAACGACAAAGUCCAAAAACAAGUUGUGAAAUAUUUGAGUGAAAUAGUGGGCCAUGAAAUCAAAUCCAAUAAAGUGAGAGUCAUUCCCUUAGAAAAGUUUAUCCUCAAAAGCAAAAGACCAACAGUGGAUUAUUCACUACCGGAGUGGACAAAGUAUGAAAAGAGCAAAACCCUGAGGAUUUCUCUGUCUUGUUAUGACCAGAAAUUCUGCGACGAAAUGGCCAGUGAAAUGCGAUCCGUUCCCGAGCAUUUUGACCACUUUGAACUCUUCUACAGUUUGUCAUCGGAGGCGUCGCACAUCAAACAGGCCACCAUCAAUGUCGACAGUGUUACUUCAGGCCAAAUGGUCACCAGACUUUUACAGAAAUUUGGGGGCCAAAACGAAGUUUUUCUCUCGAACAACGACGAGAGAAAAAUGCUGACGGAAAUGGCCAACAAAAUUCAAAUGAACACAUUUGCUGACUCCGAAGUCGGCUCCUCAGACGCGGAGAUUAUAAUCUAUUCUUUUCUAAAGGAUUUGUUGGUCAUGUCCAGGACGACCAUUAAAGAACAAAGUGACGAAAUGUGGAACUCUGUUUUCUGGAACGAAGACAAUUACCGGCCUGACAGGACAACGAGAAUUUUGAACGAAAUCGUCAAUAAACUGAGCACCGAAACUCGGAAGAAACUGGCGGACAUGUUUCAAAAAGUGGUGAAGCAAACAGAAAAAUCAACUUCAAGUAAUAAAGGCGUCGAGAAAAGACGAGAGGUGCAAUUCAACCUCAAACAAAUGGAGAAAUGGGAACUCGUCAAAAAUCAGUCGGAUGAGCUAAACAGAACUUUUGAGAAUAAAGAAAAAUUUCAUCACAACUACGACUCAAACAGUUGGACUGAUGUGGACACAAUCAGUUUGACCAUUUCAAGGGAAAUGGCAAACGAUUCUGACAGUUCCGGACGGGUUGAAAUUUCGAAAGAAGAUGUGAAAAGGUUAUUACAAGAAAGUAAAAACCACGUCCAAUGGGACGAAGAAAAAUUUGUGCCCAAACCCAUGCAACUGAGCCAAAUCAAUUUGGGCAAAUUUAGUGAUUCCCAAUCCUUUCAGGAUCGCAACGUCCGCGUCCGUUACACAAACGCUGAACUGUCGGCGUCAAUCAAAUUUGUAGAACAUGCCGAAUUGACUGUCACUGACGAAUGGAAUAAUCUCAAGGAGGAACUCAAAGACACUGUGAUGACGUUGGUGAAAACGAAUACCGAACUUGGUCAUUUGAAGACUGAUGUAAUAGAUUUAACUAAUAAAUCAGAAGCGUGUAAGCAGGAGUUGAUGAAAACCAAAACCGAGUUGGAGAACAAUUUCAGCAAAAACGUCCGUGAUUUAUCAACAAAGUUAAAUUCAACUGGAAAAGAAUUGAGAGAAGAUAUCAUUGAGAUCAAGACCAGUGCCGGAAAAUUAUCAACUGAACUCAAAGUAUACGUGCAACGAUUUAGUCACGAACUAAAAGAAGUCGAAGAUAAUCUGAGAAAAGACCUAAGUGCAACUUUGGAUCUUAUGGAAACGACACAAACAAAUUUAACCUCAACGAGAAUGGAAUUAGGAAACACGAAAUCCGCCGUCGAUAAUCUGACAUCCCAGUUAAAUGACAGAACGAGUGAAAUAGUCGACAUUGGUAAAAUGCCAACCUCAUGUUCAGAUCUGCAGCGAAUGGGACAUAAAUUAAGCGGAUUCUAUUCUGUAAAAGGAUCGAAAAAGAAGAUGGAAAUGGUUUACUGCGACUUUUAUACUAAUCGAAACGACAAACAAAAAACGAUCGGAUACGCCGAUAUUAAAUCAGCGCCCGUCUAUUUCCACGUCCAGAGAAAUACGACAAGCCGCACAAUUAACAGUCCGAUUCCGUUCGAAUUCGCGCGGGUAAACGAGGGAAAUACCAUGAACAUAACAUCAGGAAAAUUCACGGCCCCGCUAACGGGAAUUUACUUCUUCUCAAUCACGGGGAUUUGGUAUAACACAAGUUUACGAUUUUAUUUGAACGGGAAUCCUAUCGGAAGAAGCCAGGGCUACGGGGGUAGUCUGUCGUUGACCUUCCAGUCGACGUUAAACUUGAAAAAAGACGAUCAAAUCUGGGUGCAAAUUGAGGGAAACUAUUUAGCUGAUGACGGUAACCACCACACUCAUUUCACUGGCUUGAUGUUGGAGGAAGAACUCGCCGACUUCGCGAUUUCAUAAUCCUCCAACAUGCGCAAAAAGAUCUUUGAUUGACAACUGACCCGUUAAUAAUUUUUUUCUAGGGUAAUAAAAGGGGAAAUGGUAGAAAAUGCAUUCGAUGCUAAUUCAUUAAGAUGUGGGAAUUUCUUUACACAAAAUUUUACUGUUUAUGCAAAAUUUUGAAUAAAACAAUCAAUGAAUUGAAAA